CUGGACUGUAUGACGUUUACAUAACCUCAAACACUUGGCGCUCUUUAAAUAUAAAAAAGUAUUUCCCGUAUAUUAUAUUAAAUGAUUUUAUAUUUCGACUGAAGUUUAAUCUAAAACCAAAAAUGAAGCAUUUCGUAUAUUUAAUUUAUUUUUUUAACGUAUUUAUACUAAUUAAUUGUGAUUGGAUAGAUCCCCAUGAUAUGGAUAUCAGAGCUAAAAUACCCAAACAAGAAUCACAAAAUCAUAAAAACCCAGAUUUAUAUAAAAGUUGUGAAAUUCAAUCAUUUAAGGAAAAUAAUGUUAAUACAAAUGUAUUUCUUAAAAGAGUGGUGGGGUUGAUAGUAAAUUCGGCAAUAUUAGAAAAAGAAGGGGAGUUUUAUAAUGGACAAAUAAAAAUAAAUAUUGCCGAGGUUGAUUUUAAGUUUUUAAAAGAUUUUACAAGUAAUGCUGAUUUAAAUAUGAACAUGUUGCAAAAACUUGAUGCUAUAUUAAGUGAGGCUUUCAAAAAGACUAUGAAUGAUUAUUACAUGGAAACAAGAAAUCAAAUUUUGUAUAUGCUGCUCUCUGAAACCACAGUUCAUAUUGUUUGUCUGACUUUUAUAUUGGUUUUUAUUUAUUUGAUGUUUAAAGCAAAUUUUUCACUUUGGUAUAUAGUAAAAUAUUUGCUUUUUAUUGCAUGGAUUUAUGACGCUUUUGUGAAGUAUAUUAAUUUAAGUGAAGAAUUUGAUAUACAUAACUUAAAAUUAAUGGCGAAUAAGUGUAAUAUUUCCAGUGGAACCUGGGCAGAUACAUGGAAUUACAUAUUUGGUUAUACUGAAUGUGAAAGAAAAAUAAUAUCACCUUUUGUGGUUUUGGAAGAACAAUUUAAGCACAUUGUGGCACCACUGCAAUAUUUUGGAAGAGGGAUGGGAAAGUUUGCAAGAGAAUUAUUUGUUACUCUACCAUGGGGUUUCAAUAUCAUACUGAUGCCAAUAAUGCUGGUAUUUAUUGGGAUUCUCUUUUGUACUGGAUUUUGCUUUGCUACAUCAGUACCUAUAAAAAUAAACCUAUUUCAUUUAUUCCAACUACAAUUCGGCGAAAAAAGUAAGAAUAAUAGUAAUAUGAUAAGCGAGAAUACUUUAAACAAAGUUCUGGAUGCUUGUUCUCAGAAACCAUCCAUAGAAUCAUCAGGCAAAGAGAAAGACAAAAAUGUAUUGAGCAAGAAAGACGAAGAUAGAAUCGAAGAUGUGAAUGAAGAAAAUUGUAAGAAUGAGAGUGAAGAAGAAACACCAUUGGCUAUCAGAGAAAAUAUUGGUGAUACCAUUAAAAAUAAAGAAAAUAAUGACGAAAAACACGAAAUGAGUGAAUCUGGUGAUAGUUAAGAUUUUUUUACUUUUUAUUAUAUAUUUUACUCUUGAAUAUUGAACUGAUUAAACUUUAAUUUAUUGUAAGGUUUACCAGCACAUCUUAUAAUAAAAUGCUUUAUUUUUUUACCC